AUGGACGAAGAAAACAUAAGAGUAACUAAGAUCAUAGUUUUUGGAGUAAUUUCAUGGGGGUUGACUUUUAUCUUCACACGAAGAAUCUUCUCAAAAUACUCUUUCAGUUUCAGCAACCGUCUUCUCUCCACGGCUCAUGCCACAAUCGCAGUCACUUUAGCAACUCUCUCUGUUCAAGAUUGGUCUUGUCCUGUUUGUCCCCUUGCUUCUAAACCAUCUCAAAAACAGAUGGAUACAAUGGCGUUUUCACUGUCGUACAUGAUCUACGAUCUCAUAUGUUGCCAAUUUGAUCAAGUCAUCAGCAUUGAUAAUGCUGUUCAUCAUUUUGUUAGCAUUCUUGGUUUUUUAGCUGGACUUUCCUACCAAAAGUCUGGAUCUGAGAUCUUGGCUACACUGUGGGUAGCAGAGAUAUCGAGUCCAUUUCUCCACCUCAGGGAGAUUCUCAAAGAGAUUGGAUACAGAGACACCAAACUCAAUCUAGCCGCCGAUGUGUGUUUUGCUCUUAUCUUCACAUUGGCGAGAAUGGUGUGUGGACCAUGUCUCGUUUACGUUAGUUUAUCAGCUGAUAAUCCCAUCUUCAUCAAGAUCUAUGAUGAGAACAUUAGAACAUUCUCUCUUCUCCCUUUAUCAUCGUAUCAUAACAGAAUAUCCUAG